AUGGCCAAGCCAGACGAGCCACGAGGGCGGUUCGCUCCCAUCCCCAUCGAGACAACGUACGAAUCAUAUCGCAAGAGUCCGAGGAAGCAACACUCGAGCCAUACUGCCACCUCGACGACAGCACAUACCGAUACACCACAGCGACAAUCUACGCACAUUGGGCCCGCUCCCGUACCGACACCCGAUGCAUCGCCAAGAUCACAGUCUCCUGCCGCCGCCGGUGCCGGCACGACGGAUGCUCAUGGUGGUCAACGCCGCCGCUUCGCACCCCAGCUCAUCGAGUCGUCGCGGAGGGCUCGCCGAGUCGGUGACGCCGGACCGGCUACGAGACCGACCGACAAGACCGACAUAACACCCUACACCAAGAAUAUCUACACGGCCAGCAAGCCCAAGGUGCGCCGGGGAGGAGGUGGCGGCCUGGACUCUGCCGGCGGUGCCGACGGCGAAGGGGGGCAGCAGAGCCGUCCGAAGCCCCACCGCCGCGAGUCCGAGGAGGAGGCCGUGCAGGAGUACCUCCUCCAGCUGGCGGCCAAGGAGGCCGCCCUGGCCGUCUUCCCCAACAUCCGUGCUCGCGAAGGUGGCGUCACGCACUUCUACUACCGCGAGAGCUCCGGCAGCGAGAACUCGCCCGAGGCGGCCUCGCCGGCGGACGAUGAUGAGCAGCAGCAGCAGCGGCAUAUGCCGCGCACGCGACGCAAGUCGUCUAGCCUCGGACUCAGCUGGUGGCACAAGUACAUGCAGGAGCAUGCCCAGCGGAUGGCCGUCGACGACGGUGAUGACCAGAAGGAGGAAGAGCGGGAGGAGAAGCCGGAAGAGCAGAAACUGUCCCCUGCUGACCAGCGAGGCCAAGACAUCAGCAUGAUGUCCGAUGCCGAGCUGGACAGCAUGGACCUCUCGGCCCCGCCGGAUCCCCUGUGGACGACGAGCCGGCGGCCCUCGUACCACCGCGACUCGAUGACGGACUCCUCCGCCAUCGCCGGCGGAGCCAUGGGACCGCCCGCUCCCCCGCACCUGCUCCGGGGAUCGUACCGCGAAGACUCGUCCAUGACGGACGCCGCCCCGCUCGUCGGCAGGGCCCCUGAGAUGCCCUUCCCCUCGUCGGCGUUCAAGGCACCGGCCGCGCCGGCACAGGCGCCCUCCGCGGCGCCGCCCAUCGGCUUCGGCAGGCCGUUUGCCGCCUUCGGCAUGAAGCCCGACUCGGCACAGGCCCAGCGCCUGCGCAAGAUGGCGUCGCCGCCCAUGCUGGGCAGGGACCUGACGUUCAGACGGUGCCCCUCCCCCAAGGCCACCAAGCUGGAGCCGAGCCACCCGUUCGUCUUCGCCCAUGACGACUCCCGGUACCGCGACGUGUCUGGCAACGGCGGCCUGUGGCACGGCUACUGCUACCGCACCCCGUCGGGCAGGGAGACGACCGUCAACCAGCCUGGCGGUGACGGUGACCACGCCAUGCCCAUGACCGAAGAGCCCUCCUCUGCGGACCAGGGCGUUGAGGAGCAGCGACGACAGCAGAAGCCCACCGCUACCGCAGACGCAGAAGAGGCAGAGGCGGAGCGCAACGCCAAGAUAGCCAAGGAGUUCAACGACGAGUUCGUCACCCAGAUCUACAACUACCUGUCCCUGGGCUAUCCGGCCACGGCGGGCGUCUUCGACGAGGAGCUCUGCAAGGUGAGCCACAUCAGCGUCGCGGAGCUCCGGUCCCGCGACGAGGAGCAGAUGGCGAUGGGCCACAUGGUCGACAUGCCGCUGCACGACGACAAGGGCCAUUCCACCUGUCCCAGGUGGAGGGCUCUCAAGGUCUACGUCACCGAGUGGGCGAGGCAGCAUCCCAACUUGGACGAUCUGGAUCCCCUGGCUUGGGGGGUGAGGAGGAAGAGUGGAGGGUGGGGUUUCUGA